UUAUAGCAUGUCAAUUCACCGGUACCUGUAACCGGAAGUCACACCUGAUCUCGCCGUAGACCUUUGAGACGAUUGUUUUGCUGUCCCGAGGGAGAUCUAACUGACCUGCCAUGGAUGGGGGUAAGAAGGUUUGGGUCCCGCACGCCACCGAUGGCUUCAAGCUGGGACGCAUUGUGGACAUCGGGAGUGACAGCAUUGCUAUAGAACCGUUCGACGCCCCGGGGACUACCAUUAAUGCUAUCUAUGAUAGGACAUUUCCUGCAGAGGAAUAUGACAACAAAGAUGUCGAGGACAACUGUGCUCUUAUGUUUCUGAAUGAGGCCACAUUACUGAAUAACCUGAGAAUACGGUACAUGAAAAACCAAAUCUAUACGUACACUGCCAACAUUCUGAUUGCUAUUAACCCUUACUAUGAGAUCCCCGACCUCUAUACGUCCAACACCAUCAAGAAAUACAAGGGAAAGUCACUGGGCACGCUCCCCCCUCACGUCUACGCUAUAGCUGACAAGGCAUUCCGUGACAUGAAGGUCAACAAGAUGAGUCAGUCCAUCAUCGUGUCUGGAGAAUCCGGGGCCGGAAAAACCGAGUCCACCAAGUAUAUCCUGAAGUAUCUGACCGAGUCCUGGGGCGCUCACAUCAACCAGCUCGAGCAGAGGAUACUCGAGUCAAAUCCACUGUUGGAGGCCUUUGGGAAUGCCAAAACUGUCAGGAACAACAACAGUAGUCGAUUCGGAAAAUUCAUUGAAAUUCAUUUUGAUAACAAGGCUGCGAAUCAGCAAAAUUCCGUGGCUGGAGGAUUUAUCUCCCAUUACCUGCUGGAGAAGUCGCGAGUCAUCGUUCAAAGUCGAGACGAGCGUAACUAUCACAUAUUCUACCGGCUGUGUGCCGGGGCGCCCGAGGAACUACGCAAACAACUGAAAUUAGCCUCACCCGAUCAAUUCCAUUAUUUAAACAGAGGAUGUACACAGUACUUCUGUACUCGAGAAAACGACAAGAAACUUGGACAAGACAGAAAAAGUCAGAUGUACCUGAAGCAGGGUAGCCUCCACGACCCAGUGCUAGACGAUGUCCGAGACUUCCAGGUGUGUGACAGUGCCAUGGCUCACCUGGGCAUCUCUAACGAGGACAGGCACUCCAUCUACACCCUGGUGGCCUCCGUCCUACACCUGGGCAACAUCACCUUCGAGGAAAACACAGAUGACACAAAAGGUGGUUGUAAGGUGUCCCCCUCCACAGAGACCUCCCUGGACACUGCCUCCUCGCUGCUGGGUCUGCCGAAGGAGGAACUCAGAGAGAGUCUGGUCUCGAGGAUCAUGCAGACUGCACGGGGUGGAUCCAAAGGAACGGCCAUCAAGGUACCUCUGAAGGCGGGUGAAGCGUCCAGCGCUAGAGACGCCCUGUCCAAGUCUAUUUACAGUCGGCUGUUUGAUUACAUCGUGGCCUGUGUCAACAAAGCCAUUCCUUUCUCCUCCACUGUCAGCUAUAUAGGUCUACUGGACAUUGCUGGAUUUGAAUAUUUCCAAGUGAACAGUUUUGAGCAGUUUUGUAUCAACUACUGUAAUGAAAAACUACAGCAGUUUUUCAAUGAGAGGAUUCUCAAAGAGGAACAAGUUCUGUACGAGAGAGAAGGACUAAAUGUAAAGAAAAUCACUUGGACUGAUAACCAGGAUUGUAUAGAACUGAUUGAGAUGAAGGCCAAUGGAAUCUUUGACCUCCUGGAUGAGGAGAGUAAACUGCCCACCCCCAAACCCGAGCACUUCACCAUGGAGGUUCACAACCGCAACAAAUCUCACUUCAGACUCAGUUUGCCCAGAAAAUCGAAGUUAAAAAUGCACCGUGACGUGCGCGAUGACGAGGGCUUCCUGAUUCGUCACUUUGCGGGGGCAGUCUGUUACCACACCACUUUGUUCAUAGAGAAGAAUAACGAUGCUCUCCACGCAUCGCUGGAGUUCCUGAUACAGGACAGCUCCAACAAGAUGCUGAAGACCAUGUUUGAAGGGAUCCAGGUCUCCUCCGGAAAACUCAACUUCAUCAGCGUCGGCAGCAAGUUCCGCUCCCAGCUGCAAACCCUGAUGGAGAAACUCAAGAGCACGGGAACAAAUUUCAUCAGGUGUAUCAAGCCCAACUUGAAGAUGGUGGAUCACCUGUUUGAGGGGGGACAGAUUCUUAGUCAGCUCGAGUGUUCAGGUAUGGGCUCCGUGCUGGAGCUGAUGCAGCAGGGGUUCCCGUCCCGUACCCAGUUCUCGGACCUCUACAACAUGUACAAGAAGUAUAUGCCGGCCGAUAUAGCUCGUCUGGACCCCAGGCUCUUCUGUAAAGCUCUUUUUAAAGCUUUGGGAUUAAAUGAAAAUGAGUUCAAGUUCGGUCUGACCAAGGUCUUUUUCCGUCCCGGAAAGUUUGCCGAGUUUGACCAAAUUAUGAAAAGCGACCCUGAGAAUCUGGCGAUGCUGGUUAAGAAAGUGAAGCGAUGGCUGCUGUGUUCUCGCUGGAAAAAAGCGCAGUGGGGAGCCCUGUCGGUUAUCAAAUUAAAGAACAAGAUCCUGUGGAGGAGAGGCCAGAUCAUCACGCUUCAGAAGACGGUCCGCAUGUGGAGGGAUGUCAGGAGGUUCAAACCUAAGUAUGAGAUGAUAGUCCAGGUGAAACAGUCCCAGGGACAGCUAUCUCGCAUGGAAGAGAUCAUCAGUCAGCUGAAGAAGGAAAAAGAAACUGCCACAAAACAGGCCAAGCUGAUCGAGAAAGCUCUACAAGACUUCAUUCACAAGAUCAGAACAACGAACAUGUCGGCGGACGAGAUGCAGAGGACUAUGAACCACCUGCUGAGUCAGAUGGACCAGACGUUCCAAGAUCUGAGGAAGAAACUGGAGCAGGAGAAGACCAAGGCAGAGCAGGAGCGCCUCAGGAAGAUACAGGAAGAGAUGGAGAGAGAAAAGAAGCGCAAGGAAGAAGAGGAGAGAAGGAAGAAACAGGAAGAGGAAGACAGGAAACUGAAAGCAGAGAUGGAAGCAAAACGAAAGAAGGAAGAGGAGGAAAGAAAGAAAAGGGAAGAAGAAGAAAAGAAACAGAAGGCACUUAUAUCAGCACAGCUGGAGAAAGAGAAGGAGGAUAACAGGCGGAGACAGGAGAUCUUGGAGCAAGAGCGACGUGAUCGUGAGUUGGCGCUGCGUCUUGCGUCAGAAGAUCAGAACGAGGUUGAGGAUGUGGUUGUCCCACCGCUACAGAGAUCUGAGGAGGUUCGAGCCACACGGGCCGCUGCUCUACAGAAGAAAUAUGAUCUCUCCAAGUGGAAGUAUGCUGAGCUGAGAGAUGCUAUAAACACGUCUUGUGACAUUGAGCUGUUGGAUGCAUGUAGAGAGGAAUUCCAUCGAAGACUAAAGGUGUACCAUUCCUGGAAACAAAAGAACAAGAAGAAGUCUGAUGAGAGAGGAGAAGAAAGGGCCCCAGAGAGUGUUCUAACUAAUGCAUCUGAGUCGCGUCUGGCCCCCAAACAAGGUGCUCCCACCACAGACAACCAGCAGAGGUUUUUCCGAAUUCCGUUUGCCCGCCCCUCAGACGAGUUCCGUGAUGAUCCAACCCACAAGAAGCAUGGUCAGUGGUAUGCCCACUUUGACGGUCAGUACAUCGCCCGUCAGAUGGAGCUGUACCCAGACAAGAAUCCACUGCUGUUAGUCGCAGGUGUCCAUGAUCUACAAAUGUGUGAGUUGAGUUUGGAUGAGACAGGACUCACUCGUAAGAAGGGAGCUGAAAUCCUGGGCAAAGAUUUUGAGGCCGAGUGGAACAAAUACGGCGGGCGAGAACUCCUGAAAAGCUGUGGAAACCGCAUGUCCUCGACUUUCCUCCAAAAACGUCUUGGAGUUGUGAGGAAGUGAUGACAAUAUUACGUAGCAUAUAGGCUUUAUACUUAUAAUUCUGUGGGGACCAUUAGUGGGUAGUCUUCUUUAUUUAUUGAAUGGAAGCUUGAAAAAUAUUUCUUAAUGAAAAUAUAUUUUUAGGAGAAUAUAAUUUUUUUUCAUGUCUUGUUGAGACCAAAUCUGUGAGAGUUAUCAUCUUUUGACUUUGUGUAGAGGGAUUAUCUCCCUUUGACUUUGUGUACAUUGUAGAUUUAUCUCCCUUUAGCUUGGUGUACAAUGAGAUGGCUUUACUAUUCAUGUUAUGUGUGCAGAUUAAAUCUUUUGUGUGCAUUUAGUAUUGUUUCAAAGUGCAGUGGUGUAAGCUUUAUGUUUGUUAAAGGCCAAGUGUAGGCCAUUGUUAAUGGUUGUACUAAUUGCAGGAAAAUUGCAAAAUGUGCUUAAAUAUUUAAGUUUAUAAGAUUACUGUCUUUAUUAAGAGUUCAUAGUUAUAUUAUGGUAAUGGAUGAUCAAAAUUGAUACAUGUAACUUUCUUGAAUCUGAAAUUCAUUCAUUGAAAUUAAUUGAAGUAAUAAAACAGGAAAAUCAUGCCCCAAAAUGCAUGUAGUGAACAGUAGGAACACAAGACAUUUAUUGAUCCUUACUGGUCUCUCUGCAUGGAAGAGCGUAUCCAUUGUUAUGUCUUAGAUCUACAAAUGGCCAUACACAAGAAGAGCUCACAAUACUUUGUAGGAACCAAUCAGAUUUCAGUAUUUUAUUUGCAUUUUGAUGUUAGUUUAGCAUUCAUCAUGAUAGUCACAAUUUAUAACUUUGUAAAUUUUACAAACAAACUCUUAGGUCCAUUUUUUUCCCUAUCCAAAUUAGAAUCAAAAUGCCUUAGAUUUUUUAAGGUGUCAUAUUCUGGAGUUGUGAAACACUUUUUUUUUAAUUUCUUCUUCUACUAACCAAGAUGUUAUUAUUAUCAAAGAAAAUAGAUAUACAUGUAGUAUUAAUGUUUAAAAGUGUACAUUGGCAAAUGAAGAUGUAUUUUUAUAUACAGCUGGACUGGGGAGAAGAUUUUGUCGGAAUUUUUUUUUUUGGAAAUUUUGUAUUUUACAGUUUAUACACAGGUUAUUAUUUUUUUAAAGGAAAUCCAUCACACAUUUGAAAUGCCUUAUUUCAUUUUUGUGCUAAUUAUGGCAUUUACUGCUAGAAUUAUGUUUCUGAACAAUAAUACAUUCAUAACAACAGUUUUUGUUAAUAUUAAUUCUGUAAUGUUUCUUGUGAAAAUUUUAAGCAUGAAAUAUUUCCUCAUGUUUUCUUAAUUUUGUAAGGUAAAGAUUUUAUGAGGCUGAGCAGUAAAUACAGUUAACUUAACUCUAUCAUGUCAACACUUUGAUUUGAUGAUCAAAAUAAUUUUUUUUGUGCAUUAAUUGACUCUAUACUUUGAGAGGUACUGGUAGGUGUUAAGAAAGAUUUAUAGAUCUAUGUUAAGGAUUAUUUCCACUAAUUUGAUUGUUAAAUUCACCCUGACUAAUGACAUAUGUGGUAGUGUUGUGUAGUUUUGUUACAGCUGGAAUCAUCACUCCAGAUAACUGUUAAUGUGAAAGUAUUGCAUGGUUGUUAUACGUGCACUUAUACACCUGUACUGUACUAUUAUUCAGUGCUGUAAUAUCACCCCCGAUAAUGGCUACAGUGGGAGUGUUGCAUGGUUGUGAGAGGAGCACACUCGGUGCUGCAUUCAUCAAAGUUCCUGUGAUGAGGUGUAUUGGAUUUAUAUGUGUUGUCUAUUUUUAUGUACAAAUAAAUUUGGCCAAUAAAUGUGUGCAACCCUAGAACAA